UCUUCCAAAGCCAGCAAAAUAGAAAGAAAAAAAAAACUGUAGCCCAAAUCAAAGCCCAAUUUCCAAGCGUCACCUGACUCUUUAGUUUUUUUUAUUAUGCUGGUAGGUAAACCCUGACCCAUAUCAUCAAACACUUGGCCAAUUCAUUCAUUCGUACAUCUCAUCUCCACCUCACCCUUUGAAGUUUUAGUUACUUUAAUUCCUCUCCGUCUAUCAGGGACAAAAACUAUUCCAAAAACCAAGCCAACCCAUCGUCUUUCCUUGAUCUGAUCUCUAGUUACCUAGAGUCAACCACAACAGAGACUUUUGGUUUUUGGGGUUGGUCCGCCGUGGUGGGCAUGGCGGACUUAGUGAAACAAAUCUUGGCAAAGCCGAUCCAAUUAGCUGACCAAGUGAGCAAGGCUGCUGAUGAGGCUUCUGCUUUCAAGCAAGAUUGUGGGGAGCUCAAAUCCAAAGCUGAGAAGCUAGCUGGGCUGCUCCGCCAGGCUGCUAGAGCUAGCUCCGACCUCUAUGAGCGCCCCACAAGGCGGAUUAUCGAAGACACGGAACAAGUCCUCGAAAAGGCCUUGUCCCUUGUGCUCAAAUGCCGUGCCAACGGCAUCAUGAAGCGUGUCUUCACCAUCAUCCCCACUGCUGCCUUUCGCAAAAUGUCUUCCCAGCUUGAGAACUCCAUUGGAGAUGUCUCGUGGCUGCUCCGAGUAUCAGCUCCGGCUGGGGAUCGCGGUGGCGAGUACUUAGGGCUGCCUCCUAUAGCAGCAAACGAGCCAAUUUUGUGUCUGAUUUGGGAACAGAUUGCGAUUCUUUAUACGGGUUCGCUUGAGGACCGAUCAGAUGCAGCUGCUUCAUUGGUUUCGCUUGCUAGGGACAAUGAUCGGUAUGGGAAGCUUAUCAUAGAGGAAGGCGGGGUUUUACCCUUGUUAAAAUUGGUCAAAGAGGGGAAAAUUGAUGGGCAAGAGAACGCUGCCAAGGCUAUUGGGCUACUGGGACGCGACCCUGAAAGUGUAGAACACAUGAUUCAUGCCGGCGUGUGUACUGUGUUUGCGAAAAUCCUCAAAGAAGGUCCAAUGAAAGUGCAAGGUGUUGUGGCUUGGGCCGUUUCGGAGCUUGUGGCUAAUUACCCCAAGUGCCAAGAUCUUUUUGCCCAGCACAACAUAAUUCGAUUGCUGGUGAGUCAUCUUGCAUUUGAGACAGUUCAAGAGCAUAGUAAGUAUGCUAUUACUAGCAUCAAAGCCGCAACAAUUCAUGCGCUUGUCAUGGCAAGCAAUAAUAAUCCAAACCCCAAGAACAUGAGCCAGGUGCAUGACGAGGAUGACAAGCAAUUUUACGGUCAAAUUCCUCACCCCUUGGGGAAUAAGAGCCCAAGUCAGAUGCACAAUUUGGUGACUACUACCAUGGCCAUGAGGUCACAGUCCAAGCCACUCGAACCGCAGGGGAAUGAUUCAACUCAAAUCAGCAGCCAUCCCACAAGCAGCAACCACGACAAUGCGAAGCAGAAUCUUCAAGUCCAUCAACCCCAACAUCAGCAAAAUGUUUCUCUUCCAGGGGCUAGUCUUAAGGGUAGGGAAACGGAAGACCCUGCUACCAAGGCCUACAUGAAAGCAAUGUCAGCAAGAGCCCUUUGGCAUCUUUCCAAAGAAAACUCGGCCAUUUGCCGCAGCAUCACUGAAUCAAGAGCGCUGUUAUGCUUUGCAGUUCUCCUGGAGAAAGGGCCCGAUGAUGUUAAAUACAAUUCUGCCAUGGCAUUGAUGGAGAUCACUGCAGUGGCAGAGAAAGAUGCUGAACUGAGAAGAUCUGCCUUCAAGCCCAAUUCACCCGCCUGCAAAGCUGUUGUUGAUCAAAUGCUAAUGCUUAUUGAGAGGGAAGACCCAGACCUCCUUAUCCCAUGUGUCAAGGCUAUUGGAAAUUUGGCAAGGACAUUCAGAGCAACAGAGACAAGAAUUAUUGCCCCGCUGGUGCAGCUUCUCGAUGAGCGAGAAGCUGAGGUUUGCAGAGAGGCUUCAAUUGCCCUCACAAAAUUCGCCUGCUCAGAUAACUACCUCCACAUUGAUCACUCAAAGGCAAUAAUAAGUGCCGGAGGGGCAAGGCACUUGAUCCAGCUGGUGUAUUUUGGAGAACAAAUUGUUCAAAUUUCAGCAUUGGCACUUCUAUGCUACAUUGCGUUGCAUGUGCCAGACAGCAAGGAACUUGCUGAGGCCGAGGUGCUCACUGUGCUGGAAUGGGCAUCCAAACAAUCCUCCAUGACCCAGGAUGAAACACUGGACCUAUUGUUACAAGAGGCCAAGGGCAGGUUGGAGCUUUACCCCAGAAAUGCAAAGGGACUCCCUUGAUCCAAUCAAUAACAGACUCUGUUGUUGAAACCACCCCCCCCCCCCCCCCCAAAAAAAAAAAAAAAAGAAAAAAAAAAAAAAAACGUUCCCUAUAAUUUUCUCUGUUUAAUCAUUCUCAUGGAGUGUACAUACAUUUCAUUCCAUUGUCUUAUGUAAUUGUUUAGAUGUACUUUCAAUCAUCAGAGCUUUGUCUUGUUGAUUCUUCUUCUUCCUCCUGAUUUGCCUACCUUCAUGUAAACACCCAUUUCUUGAUGUUGAACUGUAGUUGGUCGCAAUGCCAUAGGGUGGUUUAUGGAAACAACAAUGUUAUACACACAACAUUUUCUAACGUGUUAAGUAGUAAAUUAUGAUUA